GCGACGAAUAUGACGUAUACGUCGCUAGUGCAAUUGUGAAAAAAAACAAAUUAUUGGGUUGGCGACGAAUAAGGAUAAACGUAGCGUAAUAAAGAGGAAAUAUGAAAUUAUAUUUAUUCGUAGCGACGAAAAUAGUGUAUUCGUCGCAAGUAAAAUACUUUGUUAAAAGAAUUAUAAUUAUUAUUUGCGACGAUAGUGUAUGAAUCGUCGCCAAAAUAAUUAUAGAAAAAAUCUCGCAUUUCUAUAGCGACGUUUCUUACAGAAACGUCGCAAAUCUAUUUAAUUUUUUUUUUGGUUGCGACGAAAGUUAUUAAAACGUCGCUACGAGAUUCAUUUAAAUCUGAAUUGGCGACAAUUUGUUAGGAAUCGUCGCAAAAAAUUGAAUUAUAAGUCAGGCCCUAAUCUGAUUUUCUUCUCGUUUCUCUCUGUCUUUCAAUCUUCCCCUCCGCCGGGUCCUCCCCCUACGCCUCCGCCGACGCAGUCUGCCGCUGCCGCUGCUCUCCGUCGUCCGCCGUCCGUCGCUGCUCUCGGAUGAUGAAGAAGAUUCGAUGUCCUCGGAUAUUAACUGCUUAAGCCAAAAUGAUAAAUCGGAUACUAGUUCGGUUCUUAAAUCUGCUAUGGCAUCCAAAUCUGGUGAGAAUAGGAAGGAAAAGUCUCUUGGGUUUCUUACACAUAAUUUUGUUAAGCUGUUUCUCUGCACCGAUGUAAGUAUAUUUCAUGUCGAACAUUAAUAUUGAUAUUUGUUUGGUUUGCAUCUUAUGAAUAUAAAUUGUCUUCAAAUUCAGAUGGAUUUGAUUUCUCUCGAAGAUGCAGCAAAGCUUUUGCUCGGUGACGGAAAGCACACUUCAAUGACUACUAGAAUUUCAUUCAACUCUCCAGCAAAAGUCAGAAGACUGUACGAUAUUGCCAAUGUGUUAUCUUCCAUGAAAUUCAUCGAGAAGAUUCAUCACCCUGAGACAAGAAAACCUGCUUUUAGAUGGUUAGGGCUGAAUGGAAAACCCGAUAAUGGAAUUGUAGACUCGAAGAAGAGGAUUUUUGGGACUGAUUUAACUAAUACAGCAAAGAGGUUUAAGGUUGAUGAAGAUGGGCUUCAAAUCUUGAAGCCAGUUAACCUAAUGCGAGUAAAAAACGAGAACGAAAACGAGGAUGAUAGAACAACUACAAUGGGUGCAAAGAGUUACCUGUUUGGCCCUUUUGCACCUGCAAAUGUACCCCAAGUUGGAGUGUCGAACGAUUAUAAGGGAAAGCAGGUUGUUGAUUGGGAAAGCUUGGCUUCUACUUACCGGCCUAAGUAUCACAACCAAGGUAUUUUCUUGAAAUUGUUGAUUUCAUCAUAUCAAAAUAUUUUUUCUUAGUUAAAUAAAUUCCAAUCAUUUCUUUCAUUCGAAGUGUCGUGUUCGUGUUUGUGCUGUGUUUAUCAAAUAAUAGACAACAAGAUGCAAGUGAUACAAAUAGUAUAUACAUUCAUUUUCUUUAUUUCAAGUUCCAUACUGUCUAGGCACGCCAUUUUUUCCAAGAAACAACUAUGUUCGUUUAUCUAAUAAUUCGUCAUCGCUAAAUUCGUGUCUGGACAACAGUUGAAUAGUUGCUUAUUUCUCAUGAAUAUUUGUUUUAAAUAAUGUUGUUGCAUACAUGGAUGGUUUUUUUGGGGAUGUUCAUUUAUUAGUUGUUAUGCUGUCGAAAUUUUUGCUAAACAAGUGUACUUAAUCAUUUUCAGGCUGAUUUGGAACGAGUGUACGAUGAGACAAUUCGUGAUGGAAGUGACGAAAGCACGGCCAACUCAAUUGCGAUAGAAAAAGUGCUCGGAAAAAGCAAAGGGCUUGGAAUUAAGAUUGCAACCACCACAAAGAAUCGGUUUUAAUAUUUUCGAUAUAAGUGUAUUUUUUUUUAUAUAAGUGUAUUUUUUUUUUAUAUAAGUGU